AUGCUGUCGAAGACCGGUGCCGAGAAGGAGGCCAUGGUCGUUGAUCCUCCCGCAGCCGCCGAGAUGGCCAUCCCGGUUACCAAGGGCGUCGGCAAGACUCCCAGCAAGGCCAAGGCUUUUGCUGGGCUGAACAAGGCCUUCAGGGGCUCCCACCGGACCUCCCCUGUAAAGAAGCCUCGCGAUCUGAAGACCCGCUCCUUCUCCCUUGCCUCCGUGACCUCCCACCUGAGCACUUCAAUCGGUGGUCUGAUCCACUUCAGGUCCAAGGCUAUCUGA